AAAAAAGAAGGCAACAACAGAAAUUCCCCAAGAAUUGCCGGUUUACCCCAUCGCGUGGCUGUCUUGUCCUCGACUGUUUAUCGGUGUAGACAACCAAACCUCAGAAGCCUCAGAGCUAUUAGAAUCGCAACAAUCGUGUAAAAUGAACGACAAAUAUCCAAAAAUGCGUAAACUAAACUCAUCAAUCGAUAUAAUUCCGAUUCAGGGUGCAAGCAGUGAAGACGGUAGAAUUUAUCGCGGUAUGGAGGAGCGUCAGAGUCAUCUUCCUCGAGAGCGACUGCUCCUGGAGCGCGUCCAGAAGUACCUCUUUGACAACGAGGAUCAGAUCUACAUAGACGUCAACGAUAUGGCUGAUAAUCUCCAGAAGAGGUACAGUGACUACAGGACAAAGAAACGAGGACCAUUCAGGGUAGUUGUGAGACGUGCCUACGACAAGAUAACCGAGAGUAUGUCCAGACAGGAAGACCUGGAUGACGUGGAGGUGCAGUCGGACCUGGAGCCGGGCUCGAUGAACAAUGAGAUAGUGAAGAUGUAUAGUAAAGCAAUGGUGGGUGAUCACAAUGGAAAUUCCAGUGACAAAGAGCUCAUAGACAUCAGCAGUGAUGACGAUCACGAGGAUAAUCCUAUGACCUUGAAGAACAGUGUUGAAGUGACGAAAAUUCCCAAAACGAUUCACUCCUGCACCAUCUCAAAGACUCAGAAGGAGUCCAGGGGAUUGAAUGACGAGGGAAGGAAAGUGCCGGAGGUGCCUCCACUGAAGCCACUUUCUAAGAAACGAAUGAGGGAGAGUACCGAGCAAUUACCUCUUCCUAAAAGGAGGAAAGAUCUCCAGGUGAGACCAGCAGUUGCCAGGACUCCCAAGUUCUCCGAUAUUGGAGGGAAUGUCAAGGUCUUGGAGACUGUCUGUCGUAUUCUCAUACACAUGAAGCACUCGGUUAUCUUCAGGGAGCUCGGGGUGACACCCACACGAGGACUCUUGCUUCAUGGACCCCCAGGAUGUGGCAAGUCUCUUCUGGCUAAUGCCAUUGCUGGAGAGUUGGGUGUUCCUAUACUUAAAAUAGCCCCUCCUGAACUCAUUGGUGGACUCUCUGGGGAGAGUGAGUCGAAAAUUCGAGAGCUGUUUGAUCAGGCCCUGGCUCUGGCUCCCUGUGUUCUGUUCUUCGAUGAAAUUGACACCUUGGCCCCCCACAGGGCAAAUGCUCAGAAGGAAAUGGAGAGGAGAAUAGUUACACAGCUACUGGCCUGUCUCGAUGACCUGGGGAGCAAAGAGAAUGGGGACAAGGUACUUGUUCUCGGAGCGACAAAUCGUCCUGAGGUAUUGGAUCCAGCGCUGAGAAGAGCUGGCAGGUUUGAGAGGGAAAUUGCUCUCGGCAUUCCAGAUAAAAAGACAAGGGAGAAUAUUCUCAAGGUUCACUCACAGACAUUGAAGCUCACACCGGAAAUUGACCUGGCAAAGAUUGCUGCUGUCUCCCCUGGGUGUGUCGGGGCAGAUCUCGUUUCUAUUAUCAGGGAGGCUGCAAUCGCAGCUGUUGAUCGUGUACUCAAGCAUCAGGAGGACAAGGAGAAGAUUGAGGAGAAAAUUAUUGAGGUGGUGCCUGAACAGGUUGUUGAAAAGGAUCCAGAACAGGUGACGGAUUCUGAGAAGAACUCCAUGGAGACUGUUGUGGAGAAGGAGAUCGUGGAGAAUCAGGAGCCAGAGGUGAUUGAUCUCAAGGAGGAUACGAGUCUACCCCAGACGACAAAUGGCGAGGGCACUGGGGAGAAAGAGGUGGAAAAGACAACAGAAAAGGAGAUGGAAAAGGAAACAGAAAAGGAAAUGGAGAUGGACAAAGACGUGGAGAACGUGGAGAAGCCGUUGGAGGAGGAUGAAAAGGAGGCGACGAAGGAGCUGGAGAGACUUUUGAAAAUUCUUCACAGUGAUGUUGCACUGACUCCAGAGCAGAUAGCAGGCCUUAAGAUAGAGGGAUCUGAUUUUGAUGUCGCUGUGAAGGCUGUCCAGCCCUCUUCCAAGAGGGAGGGCUUCGCCACUGUUCCUGAUGUCACCUGGGAGGACAUUGGCUCCCUCAGGGAGAUCAGGGAGGAGCUGCAGAUGGCCAUCCUUGCCCCUGUCAAGUAUUCUAAGGAGUUUGAGACAUUUGGCCUGACAACACCCAGUGGAGUCCUCCUGUGUGGACCUCCCGGCUGUGGAAAGACACUGUUGGCCAAGGCCAUUGCCAAUGAGGCUGAGAUAAACUUCAUCUCCGUGAAGGGACCAGAGCUCCUGAGUAUGUACGUGGGGGAGAGCGAGAAGGCUGUCAGGCAGUGUUUUGUCAGGGCUAGAGACUCGGCGCCUUGUGUUAUAUUUUUCGAUGAGCUUGAUGCACUCUGUCCGGUGAGGACCACUGGCGACAACUCAGCUACAUCCAGGGUUGUCAAUCAGGUGCUCACGGAAAUGGAUGGUAUCGAGGGGAGGAAGAACGUUUACUUGAUGGCUGCUACCAAUAGACCUGAGAUCAUUGAUCCUGCUGUUAUGAGACCUGGACGGUUUGAUAAAAUUCUUUAUGUAGGCCUGCCCACUGGAGAGGACAGGGUCGAUAUCCUCAAGGCUCUCACCAAGAAUGGGACGAAACCCAAAUUUGCUGAGGAUGUGGACCUAGAAGCUAUUGGAAAAAGUGAAGUUUGUGAGGGAUUCACUGGAGCGGAUCUUGGAUCGCUCGUGAAGGAGGCCAGUAUCCAAGCGUUCAAAGAAUCAAUGGUCAAUUCUUCGGGAAUCACUGAAGUCCAUCAGAGACAUUUCGAUAUAGCCUUUAAGAAAAUACAACCAUCGGUUAAGGAUAAGGAAAAGAAAAACUACGAAAAAUUGAAGAGACAAUACACGUUACAAAAAUCUCCAAUUGAAGACGUUCCAGUGGAAACUCCAGUUGACACCCCUAUGGAAGAUGCGACGAUGGAAGCCAUGGAAACGUGAGACUAGACAACACGCGAGACAUCCUUAAUUACCAAUACUACCUUUAAAUUGUUUUUUUCUAGUUUCCACUUGGAAGUGAAUAUUAUUUCGUUUGAGUAUUUUUAUUCAUCUAUUUUCCACAAUAGCUUCUGUAUAAGUUGGUACAUCAAAAACCACAACAAAGAAUAAAUAAACGAUAAUAAAUUUCAGUAAAAACAA